AUGUCGAUUUCCACAGCAAUUCUUCCGUUGGCUCCAUUGUCUCCGAAAACAACAACGAGUAUUGGUAUUAGUCGAUGUCAACUUAAUGAUGAAACGCCGAAGAGUCGAUUAGAGGAGGCUAUAUCGAUGCCUUCGAAGGACGACGAUCUACCGUAUCAUAUGUGCCCUCAUUGC